CAGGGCUAAUGGAAAGUGGGGGCGGGGCGAACUACUUCUCCCAUCAUGCCAAGGAGCAGGCCAACGCGUCCCACACUGGGAGUUGUAGUCUCCUGUCCCUUGAAUCCAACGGCAUUCUCAGCGUGUGAACUCUGUUACCCAGAAGUCUUCUCAGGUCCUCCACCGAAGCUGGAAUUCCUUGGUUAAUUGUUCUCUCUGGCUAUUAGCGGAACCUGUUAGUGUGGCCCACGAAGGUCAGCGGAGCAGCGCGAGGCUAGUUGCUAAGCAAGAGGACCUUCGGUCAACUGCCACCUGGGCCUCGGCGAGAGGAAGUCUCAAAUUCGUCACUACCCCGAAGUCCCUGCCAUGCCUCACAUCGACAACGACGUCAAACUGGACUUCAAGGAUGUCCUGCUGAGACCCAAACGCAGUACCCUUAAGUCUCGAAGUGAGGUGGAUCUCACAAGAUCCUUUUCAUUUCGGAACUCAAAGCAUAUGUACACUGGGAUCCCCAUUAUCGCUGCCAAUAUGGAUACUGUGGGCACCUUUGAGAUGGCCAAGGUUCUUUGUAAGUUCUCCCUCUUCACGGCUGUCCAUAAACACUACAGCCUCGAGCAGUGGAAAGAGUUUGCCAGCCAGAACCCUGACUGUCUUGAGCAUCUGGCCGCCAGCUCAGGCACAGGCUCUUCUGAUUUUGAGCAGCUGGAACAGAUCCUCGAUGCUAUUCCCCAGGUGAAAUACAUAUGCCUGGACGUUGCCAAUGGCUACUCUGAACACUUUGUUGAAUUUGUAAAGGAUGUGCGGAAGCGCUUCCCCGAACACACCAUCAUGGCAGGGAAUGUAGUAACAGGAGAGAUGGUGGAAGAGCUGAUCCUCUCUGGGGCUGACAUCAUCAAAGUGGGAAUUGGACCAGGUAAGCCGGUUCACUGGGGGCCACCAGCCACCCAUUCAGUGGCCAGCACCCCUGGAGAACCUGACUCUCAUCCUUGUCACGUUCUUCACAGGCUCUGUGUGUACCACCCGGAAGAAAACCGGAGUGGGGUAUCCACAGCUGAGUGCGGUGAUGGAGUGUGCAGAUGCUGCGCACGGUCUCAAAGGCCACAUCAUCUCGGAUGGAGGUUGCAGCUGUCCCGGCGAUGUGGCCAAGGCUUUUGGGCCUCAGAGGGAAAGACUGUGGAGGUGCCCUUUAAAGGGGCUGUGGAGCACACCAUCCGGGACAUCCUUGGAGGGAUCCGUUCCACCUGCACCUAUGUGGGAGCAGCUAAGCUAAAGGAGCUGAGCCGGAGAACUACCUUCAUCCGUGUCACCCAGCAGGUGAAUCCCAUCUUCAGUGACGAGAGCUAGACCUGACAGUUCUGCCCUCAAAGGGCACCAGCACCCCUUCUGCAAUUCCCAACUCCUAGGACUCUUACUUGGUCAUUUCCUACCCUCUCUCUGCUGAGGGCUCCUGCAGUGAUUCUGCACUUCUCUAUCUGCACGUGCAAAAUGCCCAGGGUACUCACUGGGGAGAAAGCAAGGAAGGCAGGCUGAGAAAAUGAAGUAAGAUAAUCAAAUGGGAAUCUGGGGACCCGGCAUUCUGAAGAUUAUUAAAAGGAAGAGAUGCUGAUUCAUACAUAAGAGCUUUAUGUGACCUUGGUCUGGAAGAGACAGGUCUUUAGAAUCAUGUUUUGUUCAUCAGAUUCGUUAAAUAGAAUCUGGAAUAUCUACAAAGCUCAGAAGUGUUUAUAUAUUUUAAGUACCUCAAUAAAGAGAGAUCCCAGAGUU